GCCAGUCAUUCAGUUUUGAAACUAAACGCGAAGCGAACACUAGAAAGCGCAAGCUCUCUGCGAAUCAAACCCUACGAGUUAUCAUCGUCUUGUGAAACUACAUUCGAUCGAGAUGUCUCUUCUACCAUACGUAUUGGGACUGGAGUGCCCGCACCGGCUGCUGGACCAGAACUUCGGCUUGGCGAUGACCCCGGAUGACUUGUUGACCGUGGUGGCAGCACCCAUGAUGUCGGCGGACUACUACCGGCCCUGGAGGCAGCUGGCCGCGGCCGCGAGGGACGUCGGCUCCACCAUCAAGGCCGACAAGGACAAGUUCCAAGUGAACCUGGACGUGCAGCACUUCUCUCCGGACGAGAUCUCGGUGAAGACUGCGGACGGGUACGUCGUGGUCGAGGGCAAGCACGAGGAGAAGAAGGACGAGCACGGCUACAUCUCCCGCCAGUUCAGCCGGCGCUACGCCCUCCCUGAAGGCUGCAAGCCGGAGGCGGUGGAGUCCCGGCUGUCUUCUGACGGCGUGCUGACCAUCGUCGCGCCCCGGACGUGCCCGGAGGCCAUCAAGGGGGAGCGCGCGGUGCCCAUCGCACAGACUGGACCCGUCAGGAAGGAGAUCAAAGACCAAACCGCCGAAGACAAGCCCGUGGAAAAUGGAUCUCAGAAGUAAUUAAGUUUGUGUUAAUUUUAAAUGGAAGUGCUCUAAUUACCAAAUAUUUGAGUUACUAUUUUUCUGUGAUUUGUAACAUUGUAACCUAGUUUGUAUUUUCAAGACUGCCAUAUUUUUUACUGUAUAAUUUCUAACGUUUACGUUUUAGGAUAAAUAGUUUAUUAGUCGUUACUCGUUACCUACUAAAAUAAAU